UCAAAACAAAAACAUUCAAAACGGUGAUGUGUCAUUGUGCUGGUUCGAAGUUUUAUAUUUUGUAAAAAACGAAUCGCUGAGCUGAGUUAAAUCGCUGUUAAUUGAUGAAUGGACAUCUGAAAGCCGUAGUUUGAGUAGAUUCGUUGUCCGGAAGUCCUUUGUCCGCUUCGAGCCGGUAAAGCCAUGGAAUCGCAAAAGUAUACGCUGUCCUCGAUCCGACAGGACAUUGUUGAUAACAAUUUGCACGUCAAAGCCAUCGUUCAGGACAUUCUUGCAUUCCGAGGUACGAUUGCGGAGCUAGAUACGCUCAAUGAAGCUGGCCGAGGGAAGUUGGCCGCACUUAGAAAAUGUAUCGAACGGCUGGAUGAUUGGGCUCGCGAUGAGGGUGACCAGAAUGUGUACAAAGAAGUUGACCAGCACAGGGAGCAGUUCACAAAGACACUGCAGGCAUUCCGUAAAGCAAACAUAUCGACCAUGCUUGAAAUUGAAAAGCUCGCAAAGGACGAACUAUUCGCGUUAAGUCCGGAUAAUGAACUGAGGCAACGGCAUCCGGGGGGUGGCCCCAGUAAGGGCAACCGGUCCACUCUACUGUCCCAGCAGGAAAGCGUAACCGAUCGGAUGCGCUCGAUAUCGCAGCAGCUAUCGGAGACGACCCAGAAAAGUGCCGCAACCCUGGAUACGCUCAUAUCCUCAAGCGGUAGCAUCGAGGGAACCCGGGAUGAGCUGCUCAAUACGGCCGGGACGAUUUCACAGUCCGGCAAGUUGUUGAAAAAAUACGGCCGCCGGGAGUGUACCGACAAAAUUCUACUCUUCUUCGCUUUUGCAUUUUUUCUGGCUUGUGUGUUCUACAUCAUGCAAAAGAGACUGUUUUAGGCUUGUAGCAAACGAAAAAAAAAUCGUGUUGUUCUCUGUUAAAUGUUAAACUAUUUUUUAAUCAGCACACCUGCAACAACUACGACAGCAGCAAGUGUUAGGGGAUACAAUCAUGGACGAGAUUUCCUUUUUUAAGUAUUGUUUUAGGUAGAUCAGAAAAUGACAGAUUAUUCCUCCUAGCAGUAAAUUGUUUUAAACUUUGGCUCAAAUCAUUUGCCAAAUCUAUAGCACAAGGCCAGCUUGUACUUGUAUGUAUAUCUUUGAACUCAAAAAGGCCAGUCGUAAGAAAAUAAGAAAAGAAAAGACAAACUAAUCUUGCUCGUUCAACUCGUUUCGAUUGUUAAAAUUGGUCCAACAAUAACAAUAAAUUAUGAUCCUCUCAGUACAGGAGACUGUUUCAUGUUGGACUCAAUCUAGAAGUGGUACCUAGUUGGUGUUGUAGUAGGACACCGCGCGUGUAUGAGUGCUGUUGAGAAAUGAAAGAGUUUUGCCACUGUUCCCGGACGCAGCAACAUCCCUUGCAACAUUACUACACAUCAUCACCCUGCGUGCGUGAGUUUAGAAAGUUUCGUGGUACCUACGCGUUCGUUAGGAGAAACAAAAAAAAACACCUAAGUAUAUGUAUUUGCAUUUACCAAUUUAAGCUACGAGUACAUAACCACUAAAAUGAACUUAAAACUAAAGUACACUACACCUAUUUAUGAGUAAAUAAAUGGCUAA